CAUGUUCGCCGGCUGUGAUUCAUGUACGGUAUACCUAUACAUACACCUAUAGGAUGAUUUCACCUCGCGAAUGAGUCAUCGGUAAAGGCAAGCGUGGAGCACACCGGCCACACCGAAGAUUGCCGCAUUAUCAAAAGGGUUGAAUUUUGCCAUAAGCAUAAUGAUUUGCGAGCUGAUUUUGGUUGUGUAUGGAUUUUGAGGAUUUUUGACGUCCGCUUGAAAAGCUCGCGGUUUUUGCAUUAAUCGAUUACGCAACUUGAGGUCUGCUCGUAUUCGCUGAUAUAUAUCUACGCACGGCGAGGUUAAAUCAGGAUGAAGUCGGUUUCAAUGAUUAGUCACAUAAAACGUGGACUUGUGGUUAAACUUCACGGCGAAGUCCAUGGGGCAGAUACCACGCCAUGCCAGAGCGGAGUCUGGUUGGCGGUGUUGCAGCGAUCGCGUGCGUUCCGAUACUCCUAAUUAAAACAUACAUAAUCUCUAACCAAUGAUCUCCCCAAGGGUUCUCCUGUGUCUACAUUAAGUACCAUACCGAGUGAAUAAUAAAGGCCGACGUUAACGAGGUGCAAACUGAAAUUCCUCGCUACCGUUCGCUGUACACCUAUAAUAUAAACUUUGUUGUGGAACUGAUACAUGGACGUGGCUAUCGGAUCGUUUAUCGCGUACAAAUGAAGUUAAUAAUGUGGUCAUAGUCGGCCAUGUUGAAGUGGGUGCAUCACUCUCCGUUGCCGAAAAACCACGUGACUGUGGUCACGACAACGCAGCCCUCCACGAAGAAAGGUGACAAGGAGGUCAACGCCCAACAGAACGUAACGCAGAAGACAACACAUGACCAGAACCAGAGUGAUAUGUUGGACGUCUGCACCCGAAAACGAUUCGGGGGCUCCGACCCAAGAGUGGCUACCUGCCGGGGCAAGCUGCAGAACAGAAGAAGCAAACUCAACCAGGAAAUCAACAAGGAACUCCGGCUACGGGCAGGCGCUGAGAAUCUCUUCAAGGCCACGACGAACAGAAAACUGAAGGAGACGGUCGCCCUGGAGUUGAGUUUCGUGAAUUCGAAUCUGCAGCUGCUCAAGGAACAGCUGGCUGAAUUGAACAGUUCGGUGGAACUUUAUCAGAAUGCCGACAGCGAGGAACCUGUAAUGCCCAUGAUACCGUUGGGCCUGAAGGAGACCAAAGACAUUGACUUUCGAGAGCCGUUUAAAGAUUUUAUUUUAGAGCACUACAGUGAGGAUGGCAGCCAUUACGAAGAAGCGAUUGCAGACCUCAUGGAUACUAGACAGGCCAUGAGGACGCCGACUCGCGACACGCCAGGAAUAGCGCUGCUUCUCCGCUACUAUAACCAGCUUUACUUCAUCGAGAGAAGAUUUUUUCCACCGGAUCGAAGCUUGGGAAUAUAUUUCGAAUGGUUCGACUCUUUGACGGGAGUUCCUAGCUGUCAGCGAACAGUGGCGUUCGAAAAAGCUUCGGUUCUCUUCAACGCUGGUGCUCUUUAUACGCAGCUGGGUGCCAGACAGGACAGACGAACAGCUCGGGGACUCGAUCAGGCGGUCGACUCCUUCCUCCGAGCCGCUGGUACCUUUAGGUACAUCCACGAAAACUUUACCAACGCUCCGAGCAUGGAUUUGGGUCCAGAGAUGCUGGAGAUGCUCGUUCAGUUGAUGCUGGCUCAAGCGAGGGAAUGUCUUUUUGAAAAAUUGGAAUUGCAGUCAAGAGAUAGCAGGGAUAUCGAUAUAUCUUUGGACCUUGCUCAAGAGGCUGCGCAGGUAGCAGCGGUUUACGCAGAUGUUCAUUCCCUCAUUUCGCGUGAACCGGUACGCGACUACGUCCCCGAGUCAUGGGUAUCGUUGAUUCUUGUCAAACGUGAACACCACUUAGCGAUGGCUCACAAGCAUUGUGCCGUUGGGCUUCUGGAGCGACCAGUCUCCGAAAUGCGUGUAGAGACGAGGCUCGUCCUCGAGCACAUUCAGGAAAGUGAUGGUAAAACUCAGAUAGACACAACUGUGCCGAAGGACGAACAGGAACGCAAGCUUUUGAGUAGAGCACAUUUGAGAGAGGCUCAAAUACUUCACGAAGAGAGUCAAAGGCUGCAACGAAUGUGCCGCGAAUUGAAGGGCAAACAAGCGUUGGCGAGGGUUUUGAAGAGGGCGCAGGACGCCACCUUCGAAGAAUACAAUCGGGUUGGCGACGAGGAUGAUUUCCGGGAACUCCUCGAUCCUCCUCACAUUCUAGCAUCCACAAAGUUUCAGUUGAGUCUGACCCAUCCAGACUUCGGUCAGCACGGUGUGGACGAUUUAUUCAGAUCCCUUGGUCCUGUUGCAAUAUUUUCCGCAAAGAGACACUGGACGGCGCCAAGAUUGGUUCAGCUUCAGAGAGGUCCUGGGGGCGAAGGAUUCGGAUUCAGCGUUCGCGGUGACGCUCCAGUUAUCGUGGCUGCGGUCGAUCACAACUCCUUGGCCGACUUGGGUGGAAUGAAAGAAGGUGACUUCAUCGUUAGUAUCGGAGACAAGGACGUCAAAUGGGCUUCUCAUGAUCAAGUUGUGCGUCUGAUAAAGCAAUGCGGGGAUUCCAUCAGUUUGAAACUUGUCACUCCGAUGGAUAGAAAUUAUCUGAAAAAACCAGUGAAAUCGAACCGUCACGACAAAGGUAGCGUCUCCGCCAGCAGUUCGUCGGGUGUUUCUUCAGGACAACCGAGUCCUGCAGGAUCGGUAACGACUGCUCACGUCGCUAGGAGGCUCCCUUGGAAUCCUUUCAAAAAAUCUGGCAGUCAACGGGACAGCAGAGACCUCACAUUUGACAACGUCAUACUGAGAUGAUCUUACAUCACUCUACAAAAUUGUCUGACGAAUUUAGAGAAUCAGAUUUGCGAGACGCCACUCUGCAGAAGCUUCUAUUUAUACACUGCAAGUGAGUAGAUCUGAUCAUAUAAGGGUAUACCGAAUUCUUCGCCGUCAUUUAUUGCCCGCCCCUGCUUUGCUCUGCAAUUAUUGCAGCUUCGCUGAUGAAUAGCGUCGUAGACGAGUUUUUGCUCUCGUGAUAAGAUUAAUUGACAGACUUUUCUUGGCAAUCGUACGCUUUUAUUUUCUUAAAUAAUUUGUUUAUCUACAUACGAGUAAUAUGGUGAAAUUAGGAUUUCUUUUUUCUGUAUUUGAAAAAAAGGCAAAAUUAAUGAAAAAAACUUAUGUAAUUAAUCUUAAAAAAAAAAAAACAACUAAAUCGCGCAGACGGUGUGGGCCAAUUUUUUUUCAUACUAUUGAUCGGGAAAAUCACAAUCUUGUCGGAGGAAAGGAUUCAUUUAACUUUUUCUCAAUAUAUAUAAAUGGUUAUCGCGAUGAAUAACUAUUGUAUUACAGAUUUGUAUAAAAUCAUUAAUUGUAUGAUAAGAAUCGUAUGUCAUAAAGAUGCUUAUACCACAAGUAUCUUGAGAAGCUCAUCAUAGAAGUAAAAAAAUGUUUAAUAAUAAUUUAUACAUUACAAUGUAAAGCAAUUUGCAUAACAUAUAUGAACAGUGUAAUAUAGCGUUAGAGUAAUGUUUAUAUAUAUUUGCCAUACAAAUUUCAUGGGGUGAUAAGAAUCUCUAACUAUGGAAGGGACGUUGUAGUUAGUUAGACAUUGUUAUUAUAACGUGAGACUGCAUCCACACCUUUCUCGUCAAAUCGAGAUCAAAUGGCCAAGGUCGUUGAAUGCAUACAUAAAUAUAAUAACACCAAACUGGGAUCCUAAACCGAGAAAGAGUUGAGUAUAAUCUUUAUAAGUUCAAAUUUGUCUACUUCCUCAAAACUUAUUACAGGUUUUUCGCCAAAUCUACCGGACUUUGGAGUGAACGUUUUUGAAUAUUCCCUGCCACAAGUCGUACUUGGUAUUUGUCAUUAUCUGACCUAACUGUUUUGGUCACGUUUUUUCAUUGUUUCGAUAACCCGGAGAUUUCGAACCACUAAAUGCCCCUUCCAGACAUCAAAUAUUAUAAACAAUUAAGGAUUGUACAAUUUAAUUAAUCGUCUAGUACAGUUCGCAAUGUACAUACUUGAAUAUAUUAUAUCAUAAUUUGUAGUUAUAUACCGUCUACAUUAGGUGUUAUAUGUACCGAUUGUAUUUCAGGAAUCCGUUGCAGGUAACAGGAUGGUCUGAGGACUUUGUGGUUGUAAAAUUUUUAUGAUAAUUUUUCAGACUAUCCUGUACGGUAACAAGAUAAUAUAAAUAUCUUUCGUUGUAUACUGUUAUUGAUUAUUGAGCGAUAAAGAAUAUAUUAAAGGCAUAUCAAAUUCA